GGAAAACCGAAUUUGCUAAUUUUCAACAGACGCCAAAACCGAACUUCCACAUUGCCAAAUGUCAAGUGUAGUUUUUCAUGAACCAUAGAUGCGUAGACCCCUUCACUGUACACCCACUACAACGAUCCUCUAUCUAACAGUAUGGGUGAAUGCAUUUGGUAGGUUUCCUAGCUCCACAGAAGUCUAAUAAAAGCAACAAGGAAGGUAAAUUACUCUGUUGAGUGAUCAGAAAUUCUAAAGCAUGGAGAAGCAGGAGAAGGAAGAGAGGGAAGUUAUGGAGAAUUCUAGGAAGAGACAGCUCAAGGCUAUGCUUCGAAAGAACUGGCUCCUCAAGAUUCGCCAUCCCUUUGUCACAUGUGCUGAGAUUUUUCUACCAACUAUUGUCAUGCUGUUGCUGAUAGCCGUGCGAAGAGAGUCUGAUACUCAAAUCCAUCCAGCACAGCCUUAUAUUCGGAUGGGGAUGUUUACAGAAAUAGGAAAAGGUGAUAAGUCUGCAACUUUCAACCAAAUUUUGGAACUUUUGAUGGCCAAGAAUGAGUAUCUGGCUUUUGCACCAGAUACAAACGCGACUAGGAUGAUGAUCAAUAUUCUCUCCCUUAAAUUUCCUCUGCUUCAGCUUGUUACUAGAGUUUACAAUGAUGAAGAAGAGCUGGAAACAUAUAUACGGUCAUAUGAUUAUGGGACUUGUGAUCAGAAGAAUUGUACGAAUCCAAAAAUUAAAGGAGCCAUUGUAUUUCACGAGCAAGGCCCUGAAGUUUUUGAUUAUAGUAUACGCCUAAACCAUACAUGGGCGUUCUCAGGAUUUCCUGAUGUUAAAACCAUUAUGGACACAAAUGGCCCUUUUCUUAACGACUUGGAAUUAGGCGUGAAUCCUAUACCCGUUCUGCAAUACAGCCUAAGUGGUUUUUUCACUAUCCAACAAGUCAUGGAUUCAUUCAUUAUAUAUGCUGCUCAACAGACUUUGACAAACUCAUCACUCAUGCAAUGGGGCUCCUCUGCUACAUACUCUCCUGUCAAAAUAAAUUGGACCCAGUUUAGUCCUUCAAACAUAAGAAUUGCUCCAUUUCCAACUCGUGAAUAUACUGAUGAUGAGUUCCAGUCCAUAGUCAAGAAAGUGAUGGGAAUUAUGUACUUACUGGGAUUUCUCUAUCCAAUCUCCCGUCUUAUAAGUUAUUCUGUCUUGGAAAAGGAGCUGAAGAUUAAAGAAGGCCUAUACAUGAUGGGGCUCAAGGAUGAGAUAUUCCAUCUCUCUUGGUUCUUGACAUAUGCCGUGCAGUUUGCAGUAUCUUCUAUGGUCAUUACUCUCUGCACUAUGAGUAGCCUAUUCCGAUUCAGUGAUAAAUCACUGGUGUUUGCAUACUUCUUUGCUUUUGGCCUGAGUGCCAUAACACUGUCUUUUCUGAUCUCUACAUUUUUCACGCGAGCCAAAACUGCAAUAGCUGUUGGAACACUUUCUUUCCUUGGGGCAUUUUUCCCUUAUUACACUGUCAAUGACGAGACUAUUUCCAUGUUGUUAAAAGUGAUGGCUUCAUUCCUUUCACCCACUGCCUUCGCAUUGGGUUCUAUCAAUUUUGCUGACUAUGAGCGUGCUCAUGUGGGACUCAGAUGGAGUAAUAUUUGGCGGGAGUCUUCAGGAGUUUGCUUUUUGCUCUGUCUCUUGAUGAUUUUAGUUGACACAGUACUUUAUGCUGCUCUUGGUCUCUACCUAGAUAAGGUUCUUAGUAAGGAGAGUGGAUGGCACUUCCCAUGGAAUUCUACAUUCCUGAAAUCCUUUUGGAGGAAAAAUAAUGCUAGAGAACUUCUUUCUUCAACCACAGAGUUCAGUUUACCUGACAACUCAGUUAUGGAAAGCACAAAUUUACAUGGACACGUGAUAAAUAAACUAGUUAUGGAACCCAUCAGCUUGGAAAUGAAACAGCAAGAAAUUGAUGCCCGAUGUAUACAGAUCAGGAAUCUGCAGAAGGUGUACAGUACUGAUAGGGGAAACUGUUCUGCUGUUAAGUCCUUACAACUGACCUUAUAUGAGAAUCAGAUUCUUGCUCUUUUAGGACACAAUGGAGCUGGUAAAAGCACAACACUAUCUAUGCUUGUUGGUCUUCUUCGUCCUACUUCUGGGGAUGCUUUGAUUUAUGGAAAAAACAUUUUAACUGAUAUGGAAGUGAUACGGAAGAGCUUGGGCGUUUGUCCUCAAUAUGACAUUCUUUUUUCAGAAUUAACUGUGAAGGAACAUCUGGAAAUCUUUGCUAAUGUAAAGGGAGUGAGUGAAGAUUUGAUGGAUACUAUUGUAAUGGACAUGGCUGAUGAAGUAGGCUUAGCAGACAAACUUAAUACUGUAGUAAGAGCUCUUUCUGGGGGUAUGAAAAGGAAGCUGUCGCUCGGGAUAGCAUUAAUUGGAAACAGUAAGAUAGUUGUUCUUGAUGAACCAACCAGCGGAAUGGAUCCUUACUCCAUGCGGUUGACCUGGCAGCUGAUAAAAAGAAAAAAGAAAGGAAGAAUAAUCUUACUGACUACUCAUUCAAUGGAUGAAGCUGAUGUCUUAGGAGAUAGAAUAGCUAUAAUGGCCAAUGGUUCUCUAAAAUGCUGCGGAAGUUCCCUCUUCUUAAAACAUCACUUUGGAGUUGGUUAUACCCUCACACUGGUUAAGACUGCACCUAGAGCCACUGCAGUUGCGGAUAUUGUAUACCAGCAUAUUCCAUCUGCUACAUGCAUAAGUGAAGUUGGAACAGAGAUAUCCUUCAAACUCCCUCUCACAUCUUCAUCUUCUUUUGGACGCAUGUUUCGUGAAAUAGAGUGCUUCAUAAAAAGGUCCACUUCUUCUUCUAGAACUGAAAACUGUGGGGAAGAAAAUGUGGGCAUUGAAAGCUAUGGCAUAUCUGUCACAACUCUAGAGGAAGUAUUUCUGAGGGUAGCUGGGGGUGAUUUUGAUCAAGAUGAGAGUCAUGAGGAGAGAGAAGGUCCAGUCUCAUGUGAUACUGCUGUUUUUAUAGCCUGCCAAUCUUAUACUCCAAAGGGAUCAUAUCACUUUAAGUCAUGUCGAAGCUAUUUUAGAAUCGUUUGCUCUAUAGCCACCAUAAUUGGAAGAGCUUCUUGUCUAAUUUUGACUACAAUUUUAAGUGCUUUAAGGUUCUUAUUGAGCAUGCCAUGCUGUUGCUGCUGUAUACUUUCAAGGUCAAUGUUCUGGAAACAUUUAGAAGCAUUAUUCAUAAAGAGAGCGAAGUCUGCUCGUAGAGAUAUGAAAACAAUUUUUUUCCAGCUUCUGGUUCCUGCUGCCUUUUUAUUUUUUGGGUUACUCUUUCUCAAGCUCAAGCCACAUCCUGAUCAGCAGUCGGUCACCUUUACAACUGCGUACUUUAAUCCUUUACUAAGUGGUGGAGGUGGUGGUGGCCCGAUUCCUUUUGACCUUACCUGGCCUAUUGGAAAGGAGGUUGCAAAUUAUGUUCAUGGAGGAUGGAUACAAAUGUUUCAAAAAACACCAUAUAGAUUCCCCGAUUCUGAAAAGGCAUCAAGUGAUGCUAUUAAGGCAGCUGGGGCUACCUUGGGACCUGCUCUACUUUCUAUGAGUGAAUAUUUGAUGUCUAGCUUAAAUGAGUCAUAUCAAUCGAGGUAUGGAGCAAUUGUAAUGGAUAAUCAGCAUGAUGAUGGCAGUCUUGGAUACACUGUCCUGCACAAUAGCUCUUGUCAGCAUUCUGCUCCAACCUUUAUCAAUGUGAUGAAUGCAGCAAUACUGAGGCUUGCUACUCUUAAUGAGAAUAUGAGUAUUGUUACACGUAACCACCCCUUACCUAUGACUGAAAGUCAGCACCAACAACACCAUGAUUUGGAUGCAUUCUCUGCAGCAGUUGUUGUCACUAUUGCAUUUUCUUUUAUUCCUGCCUCAUUUGCUGUUGCAAUCGUAAAGGAACGUGAGGUAAAAGCAAAGCAUCAGCAACUAAUUAGUGGGGUGUCUAUACUUUCAUAUUGGACUUCAGCAUAUAUAUGGGACUUCAUCAGCUUUUUGUUUCCUUCCAUCUUUUCCUUGGUCAUCUUUUGCAUCUUUGGACUUGAUCAAUUUGUUGGAAAGAAUUCUCUCUUCCCCACUGCUCUCUUGUUUUUGGAAUAUGGACUAGCUAUUGCUUCUUCAACAUAUUGCCUUACAUUCCUCUUCUCCGAGCACAGCAUGGCACAGAAUGUAGUGCUCUUGGUUCACUUCUUUACAGGGCUCAUUCUUAUGGUCAUAUCAUUUAUAAUGGGUCUAAUAGAGUCAACGGCGCAUCUCAAUUCUCUUCUCAAGGUCUUUUUUAGAUUGUCUCCCGGAUUUUGCUUUGCUGAUGGCCUAGCUUCAUUAGCGCUUCUAAGACAAGGAAUGAAAACAGAUUCUGAUGAUCAUGUCCUUGACUGGAAUGUGACUGGUGCAUCUAUCUGUUAUUUAGCCGCAGAGGCCAUUAUAUAUUUCAUUGUAACACUUGGGCUCGAGUAUUUCUCACAUCAGAGGAUGACUCUAUCAAUAGUUUACGAGUGGUGGAAAGGAUUAACAAUAUCGGCAUGUGCAAGUUCCAGUAGCUCUUCAGAACCUCUUCUACAAUCUUCUGUAGAUGUAACUCCCGAACUCAAUGAGGACAUAGACGUGAAAACAGAGAGAGUUCGUGUUCUAUCAGGCUUGACAGACAAUGCAAUUAUAUGCCUGUGUAAUCUUAGGAAGGUAUAUGCUGGAUAUAAGAAUCAAGGCCCUAAAAUUGCAGUCCAUUCGUUGACCUUCGCAGUCCAAGAAGGAGAAUGUUUUGGUUUUCUAGGGACAAAUGGGGCAGGGAAGACAACAACUCUAUCAAUGCUAUCAGGAGAAGAACAACCAAGUGAUGGAGCUGCAUUUAUUUUUGGCAGAGACAUAUGUUCAAACCCAAAAAUUGCUCGUCGAGACAUUGGGUAUUGCCCACAAUAUGAUGCUUUACUAGAAUUCUUGACAGUCAAAGAACAUCUUGAGCUUUAUGCAAGAAUUAAAGGAGUGCCAGAGUAUGACCUAGAAGAUAUUGUUAUGAGAAAGUUAUUGGAGUUUGACCUGUUAAAGCAUGCUGAUAAGCCAUCCUUCACCUUAAGUGGAGGGAACAAGCGGAAGUUGUCUGUUGCAAUUGCAAUGAUCGGAGAUCCACCCAUCGUGAUCCUUGAUGAGCCAUCCACUGGCAUGGAUCCUAUUGCCAAACGUUUCAUGUGGGAAGUUAUAUCUCAUCUAUCAACUAGAUCUGGAAAGACAGCUGUCAUCUUAACUACACACAGCAUGAAUGAAGCUCAAGCUCUCUGCACAAGGAUUGGGAUAAUGGUUGGAGGAAAGCUGAGAUGCAUAGGAAGUCCACAGCAUCUAAAAACACGAUUUGGGAAUCAUCUUGAACUUGAAGUCAAACCAAUUGAAGUCAGCUCAAAGGAAUUGGAAAAUCUAUGCCAAAUAGUUAGAGAGAAAUUAUUUGACCUUCCUCCCCUUCCAAGGAGUAUACUUGGUGAAAUUGAAGUGUGCAUGGGAGGUAUAGAGUCCCAAGCAUCCAAAAAUGCAUCUGUCUCAGAGAUUAGCUUAACAAAAGAGAUGAUAAUGACAAUAGGAAGGUUGCUUGGCAAUGAAGAAAGGGUGAAAGAAUUUGCAUGUGCACCUGAUGAUUCUUCUGGUCGUAUUGAGCAGUUAACAGAACAACUAGUUCGGGAUGGAGGAAUUCCACUGCCAAUAUUUUGUGAGUGGUGGUUGGCUAAAGAGAAGUUCUCAGCAAUUGACGCAUUUGUUCAAUCUUCAUUUUCUGGUGCAACAUUCCAUGGUUGUAAUGGAUUGAGUGUCAAGUAUCAGUUGCCAUAUAGUGAAGAUGUCUCGCUGGGGGAUGUAUUUGGGCACUUAGAGAUGAACAGAGACCAGUUGGGGAUUUCAGAAUAUAGUGUGGGUCAGUCAACACUGGAAACAAUCUUCAAUCAUUUUGCGGCUAACUCUGCCUGCUGAGCUGGCUACCUUCUUUAAUCUUUAGGCUGCUAAUAUUUUACUGAUGCACCCCAAGGAAAGGUUAUGAGGAAAUUAUAUCCUCCAUGCAUACUUUUCUUCCCUUUGAUAUUAGUCGCAAUGUAACAUGGGGAGUAAAAGUUCUAUAUGCACUAAAUGUCUAAAUGGAUAUAUAUCAUGUGAAGAUGUUAUUCAUUUAUAUCAAUAACAAAAAGUCUCAGUAAGAACAAUUUGC